GACUCGACUGUUGAGCCUUUCUAUGAGGAGCUCUUCAAGUUCUGGAAUGUCCGCCUGCGACGUGCCAGUGAACCAUCACCAUCGACAGUUGUGGAAGUGGAGGACUCCGAUGCUGAGGAUGACCUGUGCCAUUGGGUUGUGAAAUCUGACCCCUACCCCUCCUCACCUGUGAAGAUGGCAGCUGAAGCUGGUGCACCUGUUGAACACAGCCUGCAGGGGGCUAUCACAGAUUCUGGUGCAUCAGUUUUGGAGGAACCUCUGAUUGCAAAAGAAGAGGGUGCAAUGCGUGACCAGCUCAAGACUGAAGUCGACAGUGGGGAGGCCACGAAGAAAGUGUCAACCCAGAAGGGCUUCAAGGA